GUUAGAGACUGGAGCUGUUCCUAUUCAGCCAUCUUGCUCCGGAGAUCCUCCAUAUAUUUAUGGUCAUCACAAAGAAUUUCAGGGUCCCAAUUUUGAAGCUUCGUUAUUAAUGCCAUGAUGAAAUCUUUUAUUUCCUUUUCAUGGGAUUUCAUAUUUUUAAUCAAACUUGUAUAUUUAAGUUGUAUUUUAUUAACAUGUAAAAUGUGAGCUUCAAGUUUCUUGAGAGUAAAGACACAAGUCAACCAGGAGAGCUGAUGAAAAAGUUCAUGCUGAACCCAUCUAGAUUCUGUCCAUGGUUCUGAUGCUAUCUUGACACAUAAAACUACUUGGAAAAUACUCAUCCCUGGGAUCAAGAUAAGCCACACUGCCUAUGUUGUGUGUCUUCUUUUUUACAUGGCAAUUUUCAGAGUGUAUUGAUAUUCUUACAACACAGUGAAACCUUCCUGAGUAUGGGUUUCUUGAGAUUGAGACACAUUUGGGUCUCCUCCUCAGGAAUCAUUUAGUAAUUGUUGAAUCAGUUUCUUUGAUUUUUCUCCUUUCUACAUUUUUGUUUUGCAAAAAAUAUACCCGCCUGACCUCACCAGUUUUCAUCAUAUAUCAAGACCUCUCUCUUCAUAAAUGCUUGGUCUGCCUUUCUUAGCACAUUAUUGAAGAGAGAUAGGUAGGAGCAUGAACGUAAAGCUGUGAUUUUGGCCAUUCUCUACAGAGAACAGAAAAAUCAGGACAUGUAUAGAUAUAUAUGAUAUGUUAAUUAAGUCUGGAAAAGUAGAAUUCUUCCCCCCAAAAACUGUGAAUCUAAUGGUCAAGUUUGUUUUAUUAUAUUUUGGAGAGUAUAGACGUUUGAUCCUCAACAACUAUAACAAGGAAAGUAGAGAAUGAGGCCUUUAUAAGAAUAUAACAGAGGUAUAAAUAACAUAUGAGAUUUCUUCUACCAUCCUAGAUUUUGAAUGCCCAGUGAAGUCCUUGGCUGAAGAAUGAUGUGGGAAAACUGGACAAUUGUCAGUGAAUUUGUUCUUGUGAGCUUCUCAUCCCUGUCCACUGAGCUUCAGGCUCUGCUGUUUCUUCUUUUCUUGACCAUUUACCUGGUUACUUUAAUGGGCAAUGUCCUCAUCAUCCUGAUCACUAUAGCUGACUCUGCACUACAAAGUCCUAUGCACUUCUUCCUCAGAAAUUUGUCCUUCCUGGAGAUAGGUUUUAACUUGGUUAUUGUGCCCAAGAUGCUGGGGACCCUGAUAAUUCAAGACACAACCAUCUUCUUCCUUGGAUGUGCCACUCAGAUGUAUUUCUUCUUUUUUGGAGCUGCUGAGUGCUGCUUCCUGGUCACCAUGGCAUAUGACCGCUAUGUGGCCAUCUGUGACCCCUUGCACUACCCAGUCAUCAUAGGCCACAGAUCCUGUGGCCAGCUGGCAGCUGCCUCUUGGUUCUCAGGGUUUCCGGUGGCUACUGUGCAAACCACAUGGAUUUUCAGUUUCCCUUUUUGUGGCCCCAACAGGGUGAACCACUUCUUCUGUGACAGUCCUCCUGUUAUUGCACUGGUCUGUGCUGACACCUCUCUGUUUGAACUGGAGGCUCUGACAGCCACUGUCCUAUUCAUUCUCUUUCCUUUCUUGGUGAUCCUGGGAUCCUAUGUCCGCAUCCUCUCCACUAUCUUCAGGAUGCCGUCGGCUGAGGGCAAACACAAGGCCUUCUCCACCUGUUCCUCCCAUCUCCUGGUUGUCUCCCUCUUCUACAGCACUGCCAUCCUCAUGUAUUUCCGACCCUGAUCUAGUGCCUCUCCUGAGAGCAAGAAACUGCUAUCACUCUCUUACACAGUGGUGACUCCCAUGUUGAACCCCAUCAUCUACAGCUUAAGGAAUAAGGAAGUGAAGGUUGCACUGAAGCGAGUUAUCCACAGGAUGCUGGGUUCUCAGAAACUAUGAUUGGCUUAGAUGUAAACUGAAGGGGUAAAAUGUAAGCACACACAAACAAACAGAAAAAUGAAUUCCUCAAGUGGGUUUUGUGUUUCUACUCUUUCCAGGUGACACAGUAUGCCUACUGAAAUUUUAUACUUUCUACUAAGACCUAUUUCUGAAAGAGAGAACAUGAGUAAUGAAAUAAAGCAUUAUAGUAUUCCAUAGUAUCUAUGGGAUGGUGGUACCAGUGUCUCUGGAAAUGCUGCUAGUUUAUAUAAAUUAGGAUCCUCUGAAGAUCAAUAAUUAUAAUCCACCAUUUUUUAAAAUUUGUUUUAACCUUUCUUGAACUCCCACAUCCAUUUCAUUUUAUAAUUUUCUGCUUUACUUUCUUCUAUUUGUCCAAAACCUACCUGCAUAUUUCUAGGCUGUCUUUGUUUACAAAGUAAUUAAAAUAACAAUAAUAAUGCUAAUAAAUAGUAGAGUUUUGUUUUAUCCUUUUACUCAUGUUUUUCAAUGAAUUUGAGUUUGAACUCAAAAUUUUAACAAAUUUUUAUUCAGCACUCAGCAUAUGUCAGAUUCCGUUUAGGCCCUGAAGACACACUGGUGACUAAAACAGAUAAAUUUCUUACCUCAUAUAAUUUACAUCCUAGUGAUAAAGACAGAAAAUAAAAAGAUACUUCAGUCCUCCAGUGGUUUAUAAAGUAUACAUGUUUAGAGGACUAGCAAUUGAAGAGUUCUGUCUCUGCUACUAGUCAGUCUGUGCCUUAUCUGGAGAAAGGUUACUCCACAAUGACUAUGUCUAAAUCUCACAUUAUUCACCUGGUAUAUGAGAGCUGCUUGACAGAAAAGGUGUAAAGAACUCCCAGUCAAGUAUAAGUGGAGAAAUUAUGGGGAACUGGUGUAAAGAACCCAAAGAUUUUUUGCUUAUGGGAUUUUUUUCUGUAAUCUUAUUGCGAUUGGAUGGAAUCAAUUUUUUUUCAAGCUUGUGUAUCUUUCAGCCACAUAGUAGCCUCUGUUUAUGAUUUUACCUAGUGAACACAGUCCAACUCUGGACUCAACAAACAGCAGCCUUGGAUAUGGGCAACAUAACUGUGUGUAAACAUACUCCUAGCAAUUCAUUGAUAAUUACAGGGUGAAAUUAUAUCUACUACACAGGCAUGUCUGCCUCACCAACUCUAUA